AUGGACCACUUUACUCGCUACUAUAGCUCCCAGGUGGCCACUCGCGAAGAGCGGUUGAAGGAUUUGGAGGAGAAGAUGGCGAAGGCAGCUCCCCCUGCCGGCGAGUUCAGGGGGAGCAUAGCGCACGACGGGCCCAGCACUCGAGUCACGCUCCGAGUCAGCCACCACAUUUUCGUGACGACCGAGGCCACGCUGACUGCCGAGAGCCGGUACUUCCGCUGCCGCCUCUGGGGCCUCCACUACGAGGGCUGCCAGUGCUCGGACGGCGCUCAUCCCGACGGCAGGCCCGACGACGACGGGACCUACUUCGUCAACGCCGACCCAUACAUGUUCGAGCACAUCUACGAGCACAUGCGGCUCGGCCGGUUCCCGCUCUUGUACGACGUCGAGACGGCCAACUUCGAGUUCGGCAAGUACGCCGCGCUCCUGCACUGGGCCAAGGUCUUCGACGUAUACACCCUCGAGCGCUGGAUCGAGGAGGAGCGGUACCGCGGCGUCGUGCGCACCGUCUACGAGCCCGUGUACUUCUACUCGUACGAGGACCUCAUGGACCAUCUGAAGUGGCACGACGAGAACGGAGACGAGGACCAGCUCGAGCUCAGCUACAUGUGGGUAGAGGGCGGCCGGGUCUCGAGCAUCUACCGCAGGCCGGGUUGGAGGCUGCAGGAGCGCAGUGCGGAAGAGACCGGAGAAGAGCGAUCGGAGGAGAGCGGUGCGGAAGAGACCGGAGAAGGGCGAUCGGAGGAGCUCCGGCUGCAGACCCCAGAGCCACGGUGCCCAGACGACCACAGGUGGUGUCCGUUUCACAGGGAACUGUUGGGCGUAUUCAUCAGAAAGACCGUUGUUUUCCGCCCGUGGCUUUGCUACAAAGGGUCGUUUCGGGGCGCGGAGGAAGAGGUCCAGGAGGGCGAGGAGGAAGUCAACAAUGGCGAGGAGGGGGAGGUCAACGAGGGCGACGAGGAGGCGGUCAAGAAGGACGGAGAGGAUGAGGAGGAUGAGGUCGCCAGCCUAAGCAGGAGCAUGGAAAGGUUCCAAUAA